AUCUGUAAUGAUUCUUUUAAGGAUUCUGUUCCCUGGCAGCUGCUAUUUUAAUGCUGCUUGCUUACCUCAACAGGUUCACCUCACCCCAAGAAAACAAAUCAUCUCAAGAAAUCAUCCUAAGAUCACAGCAAUGGCGACCAAUGGCGACCAUUCAAGAGUGGAGAAGUAUGCAGUGGUGACUGGUGCGAACAAGGGCAUUGGUCUUGAGACAGUGAGGCAGAUUGCUUCUAAGGGAGUUACAGUGGUGCUAACAGCUAGAGAUGAGAAGAGAGGGACGGACGCCACUUGUAUGCUACACAACAUGGGUUUGACAAAUGUUGUGUUUCAUCAACUUGAUGUCUUGGACCCAGUUAGCAUCGAGUCCUUGGCCAAGUUUAUCAAGGAUAGAUUUGGAAGGCUUGACAUCCUGGUUAACAAUGCUGGAGCUUCUGGAGUGGUAGUUGAUGAGGAACGCUUGAGGGCCAUGAAUAUAGAUCCUGAAACUUGGCUUUCAGGCAAGGCAACCAACAUGGUUCAACAAGUGAUUAAGACAUCUUAUGAGACAGCAGUAGAAUGCUUAAACACUAAUUUCUACGGUGUCCAAAGAUUAACAGAAGCUCUCCUCCCGCUUCUGCAGCUUUCCCCUUCAGGGGCCAGGAUAGUUAAUGUAUCAUCUCUCAGGGGUGAGCUAUGGAGAAUUCGAGGAGAUGAUCUAAGAAACGAGCUUGGGGAUUUGGAGACACUGAAUGAAGAGAAACUGGAUUCAAUAUUGAAGAGAUUCUUGAAAGAUUUGAAAGAGAAUACACUUGAAGCUGGUGGAUGGUCAUUGAUGCUGCCAGCUUAUAGCAUCUCGAAGGCCACCCUUAAUGCCUACACUAGAUUCCUUGCCAAAAGGCAUCCUAACAUGCUCAUCAAUUGCGUUCAUCCUGGCUAUGUCAAUACAGAUAUAAACUGGCACACAGGACCAAUGCCAGUAGAAGAGGGAGCUCGAGGUCCUGUCAAGUGUGCCCUUUUACCUGACGGAGGACCUACUGGCUGCUAUUUUGAUCAAACUGAAGUCGCCAGCUUUUGAUCGAGCUCUUUCUACUCAGACGCCGUUGGAUUUUGUCGAUGCUAUGAAAAGACUACCCUUUUUUUUUUUUUGAUGAUGAUGAAAAGACCACCAAGUUAAUAAUCCUUCAUGAUAUGCUUUUUGGUUCA